AUGUCAUCCAACCCUCGCAGGACUCCGGUGAGUCGCUCGGGUUCCAAUGCCAAUAAUGGCUUGAGCCUUAAAACCAGCAACUUGACUCUCAGGAAGGGAGCUACAUUUCACUCCCCUUCCUCUCCUUCUUCAAGUUCAUCUACCUUCAAGGUUCCAUCACUACCUCGUCGCUCCCAAACGAGUCUAGAUGAUGUUAUUGAUGCUAGCCGUCGUCGUGCUGCCUUGACCAUUGGCAACGUCGACAGUAUCUUGACUGGUUCCAAAUCACACAACUCAUCACAGCAGGCAUUCCGUGACGAGGGCAUGCCUGUUCCUCGCAGAUUCCUCGACCACAUUGUCGGCUCUGAGGAACCAUCAGCCAUGGAUGUCGAUUCGGAGAGGCGGGUCUUGCGUCCCCGUCCUCGUCGCUCCUCAAGACAUCACGAAUCAGACAGUGGACUUGGCACUUCCGUUGCCUCUACUGGUAGAGCUGGCAAGGAAGCCGCCAUUUCAUCUGGUACAGCAGCGGCCAUCACUCGCUCUGUAAGCGCCAUCAAAACAGAAGAGAGUUUAUCCCCUCUCAGCAGCCGUGCUAUCAACCGCAUUCAUGAGCAUACUUUGAGGCCACUUUUGGCCAAGAAGUCUUUGAAAGAGUUUCAGUCAAUCAUCCUUGAUUGUCCUAGGCGCAUUCAGGAGAAUCAAAUCGUUUGUCUCAGAGAUUUGGAGAAGACUUUGAUCUUUAUGGCACCGGUGAGUCAACUUCUGAAAGAUACUGGCGUUUGGGGAAAUACUUAUCGGGCGUUGUGUUUGAAGGAGAGGGCAAAAUCGGCCGAAUUAUACCGCGACUUCUGCAUGACAUCAAUUCGAUGCAUUCAAGCAACAGUUGAUUAUUUGAGCGAUCACGAACAGACUCGGCCAAACGACCGUCCAUACAGCAGCGGCUAUUUUAUUGACCUCGUCGAACAGAUCAGGCUCCAUGCUGAGCAGCUGCAGACCACCCAGGAGCGACAAGCAGCAGGCGAGGAAUUGGAUGAGAUGGCUGCCCACCCCACUGACGAAGUGAAGCUCAUGGGCGGCCUUGCCACCACCGGCCGACCUGCUGAGCUGGUCCGUAUCAGGAAGGAUGGCAAAGCUAUCUCGAUUGCUACUGGUCAACCUGUCGAAGAACUCGACGAGGACGCCAAUGGUCCUAUUCGAUUCAAGCGAUCCAUGAGUGAACAACUCGCAGACGACGAAGAAAUCAUGCGAUCAAUGGCGCGUCGAAAGAAGAAUGCCACACCUGAGGAGCUCGCCCCCAAGAAAUGCAAAGAGCCCGGGUGCAACAAGGAAUUCAAACGUCCUUGCGAUCUGACCAAGCACGAGAAGACUCACUCUCGCCCUUGGAAGUGCCCUGUUCCGACGUGCAAAUAUCACGAGUACGGUUGGCCAACGGAGAAAGAAAUGGAUCGUCAUGUCAAUGACAAGCAUACCAACACUCCGAUGAUGUACGAGUGCCACUACAAGCCAUGCCCCUACAAGUCGAAGCGAGAAUCAAACUGCAAGCAGCACAUGGAGAAAGCACAUGGGUGGACGUACGUUCGAACCAAAACAAACGGGAAAGGCACCAAAGCAGGCAGCUCUGCUCCUACCCCGGUGAUCGCUGGUAUGCCAACUCCAGACAGUGAUCACAGCCACUCCAUCAUGACGCCACCGGAUCAGGGGUUUAGCAUCUUGGAUACGUAUGACAUGUUCCCUGCCUAUCCAACGAACGAGGAGUUCGACGCUGGUCAUGUACUAGACGAUAUUCCCUUUGACGGUACCGAUAUUCAACUAGACUUCUCUCCCAUCGACAAUGCCACGCCCUCAACUGAUGGUCAAUUCAGCACUUUCAGUGAGAUGAGCCCCAACAUUGACGACCAGUUCAGUGAUAUCUAUCACGCAAGACUGCCUACGCCCACUUAUUCCGUCUACGACAAGAGUGUACCCGAAUUACUGGCCAGUAUUCCUCAGGACCUGUUUCCCUCUCAUGCUCCGGUACACACUACACAAAUUGCACCGCACAUAUCUCCCGCUGGACACGGCAACACCAUGCUUUUCACCCCGGCGUCUAUGAUAGACGAGGGCUUUGAUGAGUUUGGCUGCAAUGACCAAUUUGGCAGCAAUGACUUUGGAGGGAAUGAUUUUCUGUUGUUUCCAAACAAGUCAAAUGAGUAUGAUGGCAGUCUCCUAAUGAAUACCAUGCCUAGCGCUGCAGCAGGAUUCAGUCAGCCGUCGUCACAAGACUUCAACAUGGAUUUCAAUCCAGUCAUGGACUGGACUUCCACAGACUUCAGUGGAUACACUCACUGA